UGUAAGCCCUAGAAGGGCAGAGGAAUGCCACUUGGCUAGAACCCUAGGCGAUGAUUCUUCUCCACAGCGCAGCGAUGAUCGGGAUGGUGCGACACGGAUGCGGCGCUCUUCCGAGAAGGAGAAUUGCUGUCGCAGCCGCCGCUUUGCAACGAAUCAAGCUCCAGUCGCGGUGGAAUCCUGGGGCAAGAAUGUCGACCGAGGCCUGGAGCACGGAGCUCGCCUCGAUUCCUCUCCUCCUCCAGGGGCGACAUAUUACGAUUCCUGACGAUAUCAAGAGCUAUGUGGAGGACAAAAUGGCCGACGCGAUAAUCGAGAGGAGCCAUAUGGUGAGAGAAGUGGAUGUUCGCUUGUCAAUGCGUGGAGAAGCCGAGAGUGGUCCAAGACUCUAUCGCUGUGAGGCUACAUUGUUCACGAAGAAGCAUGGAGUUCUUCGUGCGGAAGAAGACGGUGGAAACAUGCACGCUUGCGUUGAUAAUGCAUCACGGCUUCUUGGGAAGAAACUUCUCAAGCUCAAAGAUAAACUAGGACUCCACGGACGCCUCCGUUCCAGAGGUCGGAUUCAAUCCCUAGACAAAGCACCGAUUCCUCCUUUUCCAACCAACGACGAGGAGAUUGAAGAUGUUAUUGCAGAGGCCGAAGAUCUGGCAGUAGAAACGGAGAUUAUUAGAGAGAAGUUUUUUGACAUGCUUCCUAUGCGGCCGGAGGAUGCACUAGAGGAAAUGAAGAACAUUGGGCAUGAUUUCUAUGCAUUCCGGAAUGUUAAAACUCUCGAGAUAAAUGUUUUGUACAAGCGCAAGGAAGGUGGAUAUGGAUUGAUAGGCCCAACAGCUAUACCUCAGAAGCUUGAAGAGGAUCCAAAAACUUGAUGGUUGGUGUUCUACACUAACGUUGGUCGUUUCUUCCUGCAGCAACAAAACAAAAAAAAAUGUUUUUCCAACACUGUAUGCGUGCGAAGAGGACUCAUGAAUCUAAUCUCGGUAAUUUCA